AAUCAUCUAGUGGAUUCGGUUUGGAUGCACUGAGAGCCAAACUUUGCCCUAAAAAGGAUGGUGCCGCUGGGUAUUACGGCAGCAGAUAAAGUACGAGUCCACCGACCUUCAAUUACCCCUCCCUCACCAGCGAUUCUGUGAGCACAAGGUGGUAGUCACAUGCACGUCAGUUUUGAUAACAGGGCUUCUUUAGAUGAUGUCUACGUGGACCACAGCAGCAAUCCCACCUCUUUCUCUCACUCCUCAUUCACCAUUUGCCUAGACAGAUCAGUCAUGCUUUUCGGUCAGAAAUUCCACCAGUACCAGGUUCCAGAAUGGGCACCACUAUAUAUCCCUUACGCUUCACUGAAGCGCCUGUUUAAUAAGGCUGUCAGAGCGGAGGCGGACUCGAUGAGAACACAACCGGAUUUUAGUGGGGUUUACACAUCACUCGAUCGUAGUAUCGAUUCUUUCUCCGGUUUUCAUUAUGAAAAGUAUCAGUUACUGCAUGAACGGGGAGCAGAGCUUUGUAGAAUAUAUGGUGUGGCGCCGGAAGCGAAUACCUUGCCGAAAACAUAUGAUGCCAACUGCUACGAAGUUGGAAACUUCCUCAGAGCUCUUGUAGAGCUUCGCAAAGAUUUGGAAAAGUUGCAAUGGUACUCUCGAGUGAAUGAAGAAGCCAUCCAUCGGAUAUACGCCAAGCUCGAGAGGCACGGAAACCUGGCGGAACACUUUCAUCAAGGCCACAAAUCGACGUGGACCAAAUCGAAAAGCGAUCGUGAUACCCUGUGCUCGAAGUUCAACGAAAGAUUAAACGCGUUGAUAGCAGACAUUACUCGGGUCCGCGCCGAUGCAAAUCUUCAUGCGACGACUAGAUCUUUAUGUCUCCAACGCACCAGUGGUCAACACCUCCGUGCGUCUGCCUACGACACCUCUCUGCUUUCUUUUAUUGCAAAUGACGAGCCAUCUAAUCUGGCCAACCAACUGGAAGAGAUGUACUUGAGAAAUAGGACACAGGACUCUUAUUUCCAAGGGCUCCUUUAUGAUUUAGCAAAUCUUUCGAUUGCCUCUGGGGCUAGAUUUUCCGCCUCCUUUCUCCUAUCGAAAGCUUUCCCUAAGUAUGGUGUUGCGAUAGACCACAAGAUCUUGAACCACAUAAUCACCAUCUCUGGUCGAGGGGAUAUUUUGAAAGAGCAUGCAAGGUUAAGAACUUGCCCAUUGUGUGAUUCAGCCGGAUCUCGUGAUGAACUAGGGAACAGCUUGUUUGUUUGCGCAAUUGAACAGCUUGGCCCUAAUAGGAAGGAUAUUCUCUCAUCAAAGGACAUUUUUGGGCGUACUCCGCUCCAUUACGGUGCAUUCUAUGGUUUUCCAAUCAUUUGCCAAUCCAUUUUAGGUCCCCUUGAUGCUUGUGGCGAGAGCUACCUCGCAAGUCUGAUCUUGUCCUUGGACUCCCACGGUUAUACUGCUUUACACUACUCGGUGAUUAACAACCAUGCCAUUAGUACAACCGUUUUGUUGGACACACUCCGCUUAGCUGGGAGAACAGGUGAUAGGACUAUUGACCAGGAUUUGGGAACAGUCCUGAACGAUCUACUUUCUAUCGCUGUUAAAUAUCAGUACAGCGACAUAGUUGACUUGCUUGGGAAAUGUCAGUUUGGUUUUCAACUAUCGAGCCAUGGAGAGACAGCCCUUUAUGUUGCUUCGCGAAGUGGGCGUGAGGAUUAUGUGGAUACACUCCUAAAUAAUGGCAGAGAUAUUGAAAUCAAUAUACCUGAGUCUGUCCACGGCUGGACCCCGUUAUUCAUUGCAUGCGUGGAAGGUCAUCAAGCCGUGGCCAAUCUUCUUCUCAAGGCAGGAGCGAAGCAAGACUUACAAGACCAUCUGGGAUGGACUGCGAAAGAGCACGCCGCACUGAGGGGCCAUCUAGCACUAGCGGAAACCCUGAAUGCAUGGAAUAUUGAUAUAUCUUCCGGUGGCCCUGCUAGCAUGCCCACGAAGCCCGUAUCUGGAGUCAAGCCCAGCUUUCGAACUGACCAAAGUUAUGUUAUUGUCAAUCUCGGUGACCUACGAAAUGGCAAGCAGGUUAAGGCUGUGGAUCUGAUGGAUUCCAGUGCAGAAAACGCCGUGUAUACAAACAACGACCUUUCGAUGGAAGUAUCAAUCGGGGGGCAGAGCAGUACAAGUCUUCUUGUGGAGCUACCCACUUUGAGGGAUACGGUCAAUGAUCCAUUUGUCUUCCCGGUCUCAGAUCCUGAUAAAGCCUGGAUAUCUUUUAAGUUGUUCCGCAAAGGGUAUUUGCACACAACAGGCCCCAGCCUUUUGGGCAGUGGUGCAGCUUCAUUAAAAACUCUCAACAAUUGUUUUGGGGCGCAUCGCGAGAGCCUUGUCAGAGCCCGCUCCAUAGCCAUCCUUGAAAAAGAGACAUUGAGUGUUAUGGGUACCGUGACUUUCACCUUUGUCGUCGCCAAACCAAUGGCUCACCCAGCUUCUCCCUUCAUGCCAGCCCAUUCCGUCAGAGGAAAAGGUUUACAGCUUGUCGGACACAGAGGAUUUGGCCAAAACACUGCCAGUCGCAACUAUCUCCAGUUGGGAGAGAACACCGUCGAGUCAUUCCUUUCAGCUGCAAGGCAUGGAGCUACAUUUGUCGAAUUUGAUGUGCAGUUAACAAGAGACCUUCUACCUAUUAUAUACCACGAUUUCUCGCUCAGCGAAUCCGGGACAGACAUUCCUAUCCAUGACCUGAGUUUUGAACAGUUUAUGUACUUUAGCAAAGUCCAAUUGCCGCGAGGCGAACCAAUAUCCGUACUUCGAAAAGUGGACACACGGAAUAUGCCGGACGGAACGAACCGAGUCAAACUUCGCUCACAGUCGUUGACACAGGAUCAUGAACGAGGGGUCCACGAGUUCCGCGACAGAAUGAAGUACACCGUUGAUUUUAUAAAUAAAGGUUUCAAGCCAAAUACCAGAGGUGACUUUAUACAGGACGCCUUUGCAACGCUAGAAGAGCUGCUUGUGGAACUGCCUGAGUCGAUCAAUUUCAAUAUCGAGAUAAAAUAUCCUCGACUUCACGAGGCGGUCGAUGCAGGAGUGGCACCUGUCGCCAUUGAGAUCAAUACAUUCAUCGACACAGUACUUGAGAUACUCAUCUCCCACGGCAGAAAUAAACGGGCUAUCAUUCUCUCUUCUUUUACGCCAGAAGUCUGCAUUCUUUUAGCCAUCAAGCAACGGAUGUAUCCUGUCAUGUUUGUAACUAAUGCUGGCAAGCCACCGAUGACGGACAUGGAAAUAAGGGCCAGCAGUAUGCAGGCUGCUAUUCGUUUCGCGAAGCGAUGGGACUUGGCCGGCAUUGUCUUCGCAUCUGAGACGCUGAUAGCGUGCCCAAGGCUCAUCAGAUAUGUGAAAAGCUCAGGGCUGGUUUGCGGGUCCUAUGGAACCCAGAACAACAUCCCACAGAACGCCAAAGUACAAGCAGCAGCUGGCAUUGACAUCCUGAUGGUUGAUAGAGUUGGGCUUAUAACUGCGGAGUUACAUACCACAUCUGCGGACAAUUAAGUAGUAUUCUGUAUUUCCAUCUCAUCUACCACUGUACACACUGGCAUUUGAGCCUUGGAAGUUCUAGCCUGUCAAUUCCAGUUUGAUUCCAGCCUGCUCUCUCUAAGGAAAAGUGCUGGGAGACCUGAAAAAGGGGGACGGUGUGGGCUUUAUUAUCUACUGCCGUGAAUUGAGGCUCACCCAGGUUAACUAUAGAGCUUCAGGUCCGGACUAAUUCCGUAUAUAAUCAGAUAAAUUGGGAAUCAAUCUGACGUUCAUCUUGUAUAAGAACUCUCAGGGUUACAGAAGCGAAUAAUAACAAUCAGGUUCUUU